AUGAAACCAUCUACAACAAUUGAUACUCAACCAGCAUUAAAAAAAAGAAGUAGAAGAGUAACUAUUACAAAAUCAUUAAGUAAAGUUUUAGAUGUAUUUGAAAAAUCAGCAAAUAGUUUGCUAGAUAGAAAUUCAGAAGGGUUAACGUCAAAUCAAAUAGUAUUUAAAGUAGUUGAUUUAACAGCUGAUUCAUUUGAAUAUGCCAAAUUAUUACAAUUAUUUAGUGAAAAUGAUUUUGUAUUAAUAAGAAAUGAGAAUGAAGUAUUUUCACCUGAUAUUAGAAUGACAGUUUGGAGAAUGGAAAAAAAUAGAAAAAUUGUUUUUGAAAGUCUUGCAAGAAAAAUUAAAGAAACUAAUGAACAACCUAAAAAACUUCAAUUUCUUACAUUUGAACGAACUAAAACAUUACCUACUGAAUGUGAAGUAUUUGUUUCUCAUGUUGUUUCAAAUAUUGAAGAAAUUUUUUCAGUUGAAGGAGAUCCAAUUUUUGAUGAUGAUGGAUAUAUUAUUCAAAUUACUACUGAAAAAUUCUUUCAACAAUUAUUUGAUCCAUAUGCAUCAACAGAAUUUAUUCAUAUAUUUGCAUUUACUGGAAAUAUUCUCUGUCAACCAACAUAUAUUGUUAAUCAAUUUAAAUACAUUCAUAAUGAAUAUUCAAAUCAAUUAAAAAAUGAAGAAAAAUAUCCUAAAAAAUAUUUAGAAAAUGUUCAAAAUAGAAUUGAAAGUGUGAUAGAAAUAUUUUUAAAAUAUCAAAUAUUUAUUUUAUCUAAUGAAGAAAAAAUAGAAAUAAAUCAAAUGUUUACUUCACCUAUUUAUUCUUCACAAUUUAUUACAAAUAUAAAAGAAAUAUUAUCAAAUAAAACUUCUGGAUUUAAAAAUCCAAUUUCUACAAAAUCUUUAUUUAUGAAAAUUGAAAAAAAACAAACAAGAAGAAAGAAAGCACUUUCUAUUUCUUCUCAUCCUUCUUCAGAAACACCUAAAGAAGAGAGUCGUCCUAAAUUAACUAGAACUAAAUCAGGUGAUCCACUAAGUAUUUUUGAAAGUGAAAAUGCUAAAGUUGAUUUUAUUAAUGUUGAGAGUUUUAUGAACAUUGAUUAUAAAAUUAUUGCUGAACAACUUGUUGUUUAUGAUGUUAAUGAAUUUAAAAAAAUACCAUUAAAUGAUUUAAUAAAUAGUGAUGGUUCUGAAUAUUUUCAAAGUUAUAUUAAAGUACUUAAUAAAUUAGAAGAUUUCUUUAUUAAAAUUAUGACUACUACAGAAGCUUUUAAAUAUUUUAUUAAAGUUGCACAAUGUUGUAUUGAUUUAUAUGAUUUAAAUAUGGGACAUCUUAUUUUUUCAGUUAUUGUAAAACAGUCAAUUUCAUGUAAAGAACAAUUUGAUGGAUUAAAAAAAGGGAAAAAAUUAAUGUACAGUAAAAUUUAUGAUUUAUUUUCAAUACAAAGAAAUCUUUGUAGGUACAGAAAUGCAAUGAAAAAAAUUCCUUUUGAAUCUCCUAGAGUUCCUAUUAUUUCUAUUUUUUUAAAAGACGUUAUUUCAUUUAAAGAAAUGGAAUCAUUUUUAAAUGGUAAUAUAAAUUAUAUAAAAUUUAGAGCAUUAACAGAGACUAUUGAAGCAAUGGCUAUUUCACAACAUAUUCCAUAUAUUAUUCCACCAUUAAAUAUUAUUCAAAAUUUUCUACAUUCACAAAUGGUGUAA